UUUCACAAAAAACGAAUGAGCAUCCAACAGAUAGACCAAACGUCUGAAAAACUCCUUACCCCCAAUCAAUUUCCUUCUCCUCCUCUUUCAAUUCGGUUCUCUCGGCCUCCCCCUCACCCUCCUGGUAUCAACAGUCGAAGAAGCAUUCCCCUCCAGUUUCAUGCAUGGCUUCAAUCUUUCUUCCCUAAAACCUGUUCAUCAUCAGGAUCAGUUGUGACAUCUGAUUCCAAGGCUGCCACUCAGGAAAAGAGAGAUUCAAACAAGGUAGUGGAGCUGAAAAGGGUUUUCGCCACCUUUGACAAGAACGAUGAUGGGUUCAUAAUGAAUCAAGAAUUGAGGGAAUCACUCAAGAAUAUAAAGGUGUUGAUGACGGAGAAAGAGGUUGAAGAUAUGGUAGUGAAAGUGGAUGCUAAUGGAGAUGGGCUGAUUGGUUUCGAUGAGUUUUGCAUCUUAUGUCAGACCAUGGAUGGUGGUGAUGCAAGUGGUACCAAAUUCAAAGAUGAUGGAAUGAAUGAAGAAGAGGAACUGAAAGAGGCUUUCGAUGUGUUUGACAUAGACAAAGAUGGGUUGAUUUCGUUUGAGGAAUCGGGAUCUGUGCCGUGUUCUCUGGGGUUGAAAGAAGGGACAAGAUGAAGAUUGCAAAGCAAUGAUAAGAAUCUGCAAAGGUGGAAGCAAUGGCUGCCUAUAGGUAUGCAAAAAAAUUCAGAAUCGAAAAAUCAAAGUCAACCGCCACAACCCAUAAGUCAUAAACUUAUAACUCAUUUUACAAAUUCAAGCUCAAAUUUAAACUUAAUACUCUUCAACCUCAAACCCUUUAAACCUAAUAUCCUACCAAUUAAUAUAAGCAAAUGGUAGCAAUAGCAUAUAUCAAAGUAAGGAUACCUUUGCCAUAUAAGAAAAUAAUAUUUUUGAGUUCAUUAAAAAUUAUUUUAUUU